GGAGCUGCAGCCUCCACCUUGCUGUGUUCACGAGCAUCUGACUGCAAAAGCUCGUGCUCGGCUCUACUGCUAACCUCGCUGCCCCUCUUAUGAAACUGUGAAGAGUUUCGUGUUUCUUUCAGGUAACAGGUGUACCGGUUGUGAUGGACCGCUGGAGGGGCAGAGUGGCUCUGGUGACCGGAGCCUCGGUGGGGAUUGGUGCCGCUAUAGCCAAGGUGGUGGGCUGUGCCAGGGACAUCGAAAAACUACAGAAACUGGCAGCUGAGUGUCAAAGUGCCGGACACAGCGGCGUUUUUGUGCCUUACAAGUGUGACUUGAGCAACGAGGAGGAGAUUGUGUCCAUGUUCUCUGCCAUCAAAUCUCAGCACAAAGGUGUGGACGUGUGCAUUAACAACGCAGGCGUUGCUCAUCCAGACCCUCUGUUAACCGGCAAAACCAGCGGCUGGAAGAACAUGCUGGAUGUGAAUGUUCUUGGAUUGUGUGUUUGCACACGUGAAGCAUAUCAGUCAAUGAAAGAAAGAAAUGUGGAUGACGGACACAUCAUCAACAUAAACAGCAUGAGCGGACAUCGUGUGGUUCAAAAUCCUGACUCGCAUUUCUACAGCUCCACCAAGUACGCUGUGACGGCCCUGACGGAGGGUUUGAGACAGGAGCUGCGUGAGGCGAAGACCCACAUCAGAGCCACAUGCAUUUCUCCCGGUCUUGUGGAGACCGAAUUUUUUCAACGGCUCUACAGUGACAAUCCUGAAAAAGCUGCUGCUCCUCUCUCUACACUAAAGCCGUUGGAAGCCAUUGACAUUGCAAACUCAGUCACAUAUGUCCUGAGUGCCCCCCCACAUGUGCAGAUUGGAGACAUCUGGAUGCGACCUGUGGAGCAGGUAUCAUAGUAGUGCAACAUGUCACGGCUGACAAAUUCUAAAUCUGACCGAUUUUCUACAUCUGUGAACUUAAUCUCUGGCUUUGUAUUGUCAUUUUGCACUAACAGAAUAAAAAGUCUCAUUUGAAUAUGAA